AUGUCGUCUUCAGGAUUUGAUACAGGCGCAGGAACCUACGACAAGCUAGCCAGCGCAAAGGGGGGCGAGGGGCUCGAUAUUGAUGCCCACACUGCAGGCCGCGACAACCCUCCGGGCGAAGGUGUCGACGCAGGCGCCGGCGCAAAGGACAACAUCCCUGGUCAGGGUCUCAGUGGCGGUGCCGGCAGUGAAGACGCCAGCGCAGCUGCCAAGGGAACCGGCGAAGGCUUGAGCGCUGGCGAGAAGGGCAGCAACCGCACCGGAGGAGGUGUCACCUUGAACGCCGGCAGAGAAGAGGAGUUCAACGGCCCAAACAGCAAGAACUUUGUCGACGUCGAGAGCAAGGUCCAGAACUUCGCCGACAAGAUCAGGGACAAAGUCAGCUCCUAG